AUGGCGUCUUCCAAGCUGAGCACUCUGCCAGCUCUGAGAAGACAGCACCUGCUUGCCGAAUUUGCCGGCUUAAAGCAGGCCUGUCCUGAAGGCAUCUUCGUCAGCCUCACCCCGGGGGACCCGAGUCUCUGGUCCGGCGUCAUCUUCGUGCGAGAUGGCCCCUAUGCCCCAGCAGUAUUGCGUUUCCAGAUAUCAUUCCCUGAUGCAUACCCUAGAUUGCCGCCCUUGGUCACUUUUUCAACUGACAUGUUCCACCCGCUCAUCACUCCCUUGACCACCUACAUGUACUCCACCGAUGUCCAAGACAAUGGCACCGUGAGCGCGACAGAUGAGGAGCGCUUACCUCCGGGUGGGUUUAGUCUGCGUCAUGGGUUUCCCGAGUGGUUCGGACGACGGAGCAGGCACGCGGCUGGAAGCGGGCAGCCAGGUGCGCAGCAGCAGCCGACACAGACGCCACCGCGCCAGCCGAGGGCGUCCCUCAGCAGCGACGGCACGCCUCCUUCCAAAGGCUCGGCAGUGGGAGAGUCCCCCGGCUUCGCAGAGACCAAGAAGAGGGAGAUCCCCACGUUCGAAGUGCUCCGCUAUAUCCGCAGCACGUUCGAUGAUGACGACACGCUCGACUCUGUCCCUCUCGAAGCGGCCGGCAACCCGGGCGCUUGGCAUGCAUGGCGCACCCACCGACAAGACAGCAAGAAGGCGCUUCCGGAGGCCCCUGCUGGCGGUGGUGCGGAUUCCGCUGCCACAACUGAAAGUGCCGCCAUCCCCGCUGCGCCCACGAGGAAGCCGGGAGAGUGGAACUGGGAAGGCGUGUGGGAGGAGAGAGUCAAGAAGGGGAUUGCUGCCAGUCUGUCAGAAGCAGUGUUGUUCGGAGGGGUUGGCGCUGCCGAUGAUGUUAUCCGAUUUCAAAGCAUGGAGGAGAGCGAUGUCGAAGCGGUCAAGGACAACCUUUUACGGACUUUGGGUCACAACGAGCUGACUGCGCUUACUCGCCGCAAGGACACCGGAUAUGUUGAGAGGAAGAGUGCUCUUGAGAAGGAAGACACUUCCUUCAUGGCCGAUCACCUGAGCUUUCCUGGAACCCGGUGCUAUCGCUACGCCAAGCUGCCCUUUCCUCGGGCUGCUCAAUGGCAUGAUACCACCGAGGCCGACAGUGCAACUCCUGUUCACCCUGGCAUCAUCGUUACAGUUGUCGUACUUCUCAUCUUUCUUCUUGUAAUCAUUGUUGUCGCUAUUGUCCGUGGUUUCGACCUAGGACCACAUCACAAUUCCGGGUUGCGAGGUCUUUUCAGUCGAGGACGCGGUACGAGCCGAGCCACACUUGCUACGCUACCGAACACCUCAAGGGUCACUGUUGGUGAUACACUGGGAAGCAUUACGACCGUCCAAAGCCAUUUCAUAGGCCAGUCCCAGGAUCAUCUGCCUCUACCUCAAGCCCACGUUCGCCAUGGAAGCAUACCUUACCCAUGGGGCGCUGAGCCCGCGCCCCCUACAGAUAUGGAAAAGGGGGAGCAUAGGGGUAUCUCAGGGCGGUAUGAGAACACUCCCCGUGCUUCGAGCCAGACUUUGUCGGGAAAGACAUCCAGUUACAGAAUCCUGCGAACCCAGACACCAAAACUACUGACCAAACUCCGGUCCUUCUCAAACGGCCGCGUUUCGUCUUCAAGAGCUACCUGUCGUCGCUAUAGCUUGCGCAGCCGCCAAUCAAGUACUUCUUCCAGCGGUUCAUCCCUACCAUCACAGCCCCGUUCAGACCAGGACGGGUUCUCCUCUUUCGGCAGCAAUUCCUCCGAUGGCACAUACGACCCGGACCCCAUCAUGCCGCUGGGCUAUGACGCCGUUGAUGUGUACAAACCGCGCCAUCCGAGCCACACACUCCCGCCCGUCCAUGAUCUGCAACAGCCCGCCUUUGAACAUAGCCUCUUGAUACCUACGAUCACGGUCACCCCAGAGGCCAAGACGCUCGAAAAUGUCCCUCUCACGUUAGAGAUCCUGCCCCCUCGGGGAGCCAGCGGUAGGAACGCCGCGAUCAUCGAGCUCAUCAACGAUCAGAUGCCCAGAACCGUCGUCCCGGGCUCCAGCCACCUCACGCUUGCACACCUGCAGCUCGGCGCGUUACCGCCGCCGCCGAGGACCGCACGAGACGCGGCUCAGCCAGCCGAUGACCUGAUUGCCGACUUGGAGUAUCAGCUCGGCAACGUGGAGACCGAGCUCCUCGCGGUCCGCCUGUCAUACUGCCAUUCCGGCUUCCCACAGACCCGGCUGCAGACGACGGCCGUCGGCACCGUCCGGCGGCACAACGCGACUUCGCCGUGGUCUCCGGCCCCGGCCCCGGCUCCGUCUCCAGGGUGCAGCCCGCUCUUCGCCAUCGUGGCCUCGCACUGGGGCCCGGCGCAGGCGCGGGAGCUGAUGGGCGAGAUCUCUGCGGCACGGCAGACGGUCACUACGAUGGAGGGCACGAAGAGUAAUGAUACGGCGUCGAAGCGGUGGAGCUUUGGGAGCUGGUGGUGA